AGAGACCCAUUCUCCCCAGGACACAUAUUUGCAGAGAGGGUGCGCAGGCUUCCAUGAUGUCGGCCCCUGCCUCUGGGCCCCACCCUCCUCCUUACUUGCUGCUGGCUAUGCUGUUGGGACUCACAGGUGUGGCAGGUGAAGCGGAGCUGCAGGUGAUCCAGCCUGAGAGGUCGGUGUCUGUGGCAGCCGGAGAGACGGCCACUCUGCGCUGCAGUGUGACCUCCCUGCACCCCAUCGGGAAGGUGGAGUGGUUCAGGGGGACGGGGCCAGACCGGGAGUUAAUCUUCAGUUUCCAAAGAGGAUACCACCCACCGUCUCGAGUAAUAAAUGUUGCAGACGCCACAAGGAGAAACAACACGGACUUUUCCAUCCGCAUCAGCAACAUCACCCCAGCAGACACGGGAACCUACUACUGUGUGAAGUUCCAGAAAGGGACCCCUGAUGUGGAGUUUAAGUCUGGACCCGGCACCCAGGUCACCGUGAGUGCCAAACCCUCUCCCCCCGUGGUGUCGGGCCCCACGGCCAGGGUCGCGCCCCAGCAGCCAGUGAGCUUCACCUGCGAGUCCCACGGCUUCUCCCCCAGAAGCGUCACCCUGAAAUGGUUCAAAAACGGGAACGAGCUGCCAGCCUCCCGGACCACCGUGGACCCAGAGGGAGACAGCGCUUCCUACAGCGUCUCCAGCAGCGCCACGCUGGUGCUGGCCCCGGGGGACGUCCGCUCCCAGCUCAUCUGUGAGGUGGCCCACGACACCCUGCAGGGGGGCCCUCCUCUUCGUGGGACGGCCAACCUGUCCGACACCCUGCGAGUUCCACCCACCGUGGAGGUUGCCCAGCAACAACUCGCGACAGGGGACCAGGUGAAGGUCACUUGCCAAGUAAAGAAGUUCUACCCCCAGCACCUCCAGCUGACCUGGUUGGAGAAUGGAAAUGUGUCACGAACAGAAACGGCCUCCUUGGCCUUGAACCUCAUAGAGAACAAGGAUGGGACCUUUAACUGGACGAGCUGGCUCCUGGUGAACGUAUCCGCCCACACGGAAAAUGUGGUUCUCACCUGCCAGGUGCAGCAUGACGGGCAGCCCGCGGUCACCAAAAACCAUACCCUCGUGGUCUCUGCCCAGCAGAAGGACCAGGAAACAUUUGUAACCCACGAUCGAGAACUGUCCACUCCACUCCUGGUGGUUCUCUUCCUGGGCCCCAAGCUGCUGCUGCUCGUCACUGUCUCUGCCAUCUAUGUCCACAAGAAGCAAGGGAUUGACUGUGUCCCAGGAGGAAAAUAGCACCAAGGACAUAGGAGACAUGUGAAGAACAUUUCUGGAAUGGUGAGAAGAUCAUGAAAUGUGAACAUGGGUCCAUAGCUCCUCCCUUCAUCCCCUGCUACAAGCCACCCUCAGUCUCUGCUGCCUCCUUCAUUCCAUGAGAGGCCCAGCCUAAGACAAGAAACAACUAGAAGCUUCCACAACUCUGCCCCAAAUGCCUUCUUCACCAGAGACCCACCUGCCACAGUUCCUUCUGCUCCUUCUCACCGUUCUUUAGACCCCAUAUUCAUUCCUACCUGAACGGGUCUUCAUACCUGGGUCUGAGCAGGGCCCAUGGGAAUGUCUUUGGAGACUUACACAUGGAUAUCUCACCAGAAUGUGAGAAACAAGUCUUUGUACAGACACCAGUUUAUCUCUCAUCCAUUUCCUGGGGACUGUGGUCAUGAACUACACAAUCAAGUCCAUGCUCUCAUGGGUUAUUCCUGCCAACUCCCAGACUCCCUAGCGUUGCUAAGGUACUUCAAUCCAUCUUGAAUACAAAUGAAUCCCCUCCUGGUUUCAAGGGAAAAGCAAGGAUUCUCAUCCCAUUUGCCAAUCUGUCCUACUCCUCAAACCCAGAGAGAAGAUUUCCUCCUCUCCCUGUGAUGGGAACACUAACUCUACUAUCACCUUCGUCCUUUUUGGCCCUCUGCUCACGUACACGUGCUGGAGGUCCAGAAGUCAGGAACCUUCCUUGAUUUCCUUCUUUAUAUCCUAUAUUUAAUUCUGCUUUCAUAAUGUAUGUCCAGUAACCAGAUGGUGUUACACAUUCUAUGCUUGGACAGAAAAAGAAGCCUUAUUUGUGAUGCUUA